AUGGCCAGGAGAACCUUCGACAAACGGAAAGCUAAAGAACACGCCGUGACGCACGAGCAUUGCUAUUUCCUCACUCUGGAGAGACAACACUCCUUGGCUUUCCAGGAGCCUUGCAGAGACCUGGUCUGUGCCCAUAUCAUUGUCCCCUGGUACAGCCCUAUACGAGGAGCUAUGCUGAAGGUGGCACUGGAGUCUUGCACUGAGAACUUUGGAAACAGACCACAGCCAACUCUUAACAUCUUUGCCAGCGCAGUCCGUGAACUGGCUAUUGCCAGGAAGCGCUUGGCCUUGGAUGCAGACCGAGUUGUGCUGCAGAAGAUGAGGAAAGCAGUGAAGGCAGAGCACGCCUGUGGACAAGAUCUCAUCAGCCACAUUGAAGCCCACAUCACCGCCCAGGAGAAAUUCUCAGCCAACUACCAGCUGGAGGGUGAGGAGCAACUGGCCAACGCCUUUAGCACCUUUGCGACCUUCUCCUGGGAGCUGCUGACCUCUGUUAGGAGCCUGUUGCAGAGUUUGUACCACAACAUUAACUUUUCCUUGGAGUCAUUAAUAAAGGGCGACUUGAAAGAGCUCAAAGGGGAAUUCAAAAAACCAUUUGAGAAGGCCUGCAAAGACUAUGAGAGCAAACUUGCGAAAAUUGAGAAGGAGAAGCGAGAGCUGGCAAAGCAACAUGGGAUGGUGCGGAGUGAGGUGAGCGGAGGUGAGAUCGCAGAGGAGAUGGAGAAGGAGCGCAGGACCUUCCAGUUAAACAUGUGUGAGUAUCUAAUCAAAGUGAAUGAGAUCAAAACCAAGAAGGGUGUCGGCUUGCUGCAAAACCAUAUCAAGCACUGCAACUCACAGUUCAAUUUUUUCCAGGAAUGUUUAAACGCAACAAUAAAACUUAAGAAGUUUACAGAGACGCUCAUCCCAGAGCUGCAGAGUAUGAAGAUUGGGCAGGAUGAGGAGAAGAAGCAGCUGUGCUCCCUUCGGGAUCAACUGAAAACAGCAUUGCAGCUGGAGCAGAAAGAGGAUUCUGGGAGCAAACAGGCAGGGUACAACAUGCACCAGCUGCAAGGGAACAAGCAGUACGGCACAGAGAAAUCAGGAACCCUCUUUAAAAAAAGUGAUGGGUUGAGAAAAGUCUGGCAGAAGAGGAAAUGCACCAUCAGCAAUGGCUACCUGACCAUCUCCCACAGCACGCUCAACCGCCCACCAGCCAAGCUGAAUUUAUUGACAUGCCAGGUGAAGCCGAAUGUGGACGACAGGAAAUGCUUUGAUCUGAUUUCACAUAACCGCACGUACCGCUUCCUGGCGGAGGAUGAACAGGAAUGUGUUGCCUGGGUGUCCGUCCUCAGCAACAGUAAGGAGGAGGCGCUGAAUGUGGCCUUCAGCAAGGCACAAGGCGGAGGGGAGAGCAGCAGGGAGGAGCUGACCCGGGCCAUCAUUGAGGAGGUUAAAUGCAUGCCUGGGAACAGAGAGUGCUGUGACUGCUCAGCGUCAGAUCCCACUUGGCUCUCCAUUAACUUGGGCAUCCUGAUCUGCAUCGAGUGCUCUGGGAUUCACAGAGAGAUGGGUGUGCAUCUUUCUCGCAUCCAGUCACUGUCUCUGGACAAGCUAGCAACCUCUGAAUUGCUGCUGGCAAGGAAUAUUGGCAACUCUGGCUUCAAUGUCAUCAUGGAAGCGAAUAUCCCCAGCUCUUCAACGAAACCCACAGAGCACAGCGAUAUGGCUUUUCGGAAAAAUUUCAUCAUUUCCAAAUAUGUUGAAAAGAAAUAUGCCAAGAGGAGCCCUGCUGGUCACCAUCCAGACCUCCCAGAAGCUGUCAUGUACAAGGACAUACUUUCUUUGCUCCAAGCUUAUGCUGAGAAUGUGGAUUUGAGCAAGCCUGUGCUGGCACCUAUGCAGGAACCUGGGGAGACCAUUCUCCACCUGGCAGUGUUGCUGUCUGAUCGAACCUCUUUGCAUGUUGUUGAUUUUCUUGUGCAGAACAGUGGGAGCCUCGCAAAGCAGACUGCAAAGGGGAACACACCGCUUCACUACUGCUGCUUUCACAACAAACCCGAGUGUGUCAAGCUACUACUGAAGGCCAAAGCCAGCAUUGCCAUAACUAACGAAGCAGGAGAGACAGCCCUGGAUGUUGCCAGGAGGAUGAGACAUCCCCUGUGUGAAGAACUGCUGCUGCAGGUCCAAAACAAUCAGUUCAACCUGCAUGUCCACGUGGAGUACGAGUGGUGGCUGGGCCAAGAUGACAUGUAUGAGAGCGAUGAAGACCUGGAUGAGAAGCUGGGUUCUUCGAAGAAAGAACGUGCUGUGCGCCCUCAGAGCUGCUACCAUCCACCUGCUCCUGCCUCCAAGCAACAGGCAGCAGGGGCAGUGCCCCAGGACAAGUGGCCAGACACCUAUAUGUCACCCACCCACCUCUGCAGCCUGGACAUACCACCAGCCCCCUCCUGCAAGCCUCCUCUCCCACCUCAGUGGGCAAGCCCAGACGCCCAUCCACCCCUUCUUACCAGCACAUCUGUCUUUACUGAGGACACAAAAACUGGGAGGAUCUCACCCCUGUCUCUGAGCGCCAAGCACAAGCGCACAUCCUCAGAACCAGUGCCUUGGGUACCACUUAGCCCUGAGCAGCCCAGUCAAGUCAAGCUGAUUUCAGGUGCCCUGAAGGCAACAGGCUCCCUCUGCACGUCUGGCCCCCAGGCUGUGGGACAACCUGGCCCACACCAGUACCUCCAGGAGUCAGAUCCAUAUUUGGUCCAUGCCAAGGAUGCUCCACCUCCUCUUCCUCGGAGGAGCAGUCUGAACAGACUGCUGCUCCGCAGGGUCCGAGCUCUCUAUGAUUGCAAUGCUGACCGGGAAGAUGAGCUGACUUUUCGCACAGGCGAGAUCAUUGUGGUGUCUGAAAAGGAGGACAGCAACUGGUGGAAAGGGUGGAUUGAAGGACAGCCUCAUAGGCGAGGUGUCUUCCCAGCUUCCUUCGUUCAUGUGCUCAAUGAAUAGGAACUGCUUCAAUUCAGGAAGAAAGAUCUGAUCAGCUGCUUAAAAUGCAACUCUCCCGUAUCCUGUCUGCAGAGGGCUCCCUGGGCACAAGCAAGCUGGGAGCACCAGCUCACUCGGACCUGCCUCCCUCGUGUCAGCUGCCCCCAGUGUACCCAUCCCCCUGCCAAUACCUGGUUCCUGGCAUUGGCUCUCUUCUCUCUGGCCUACCCACAGUGCCAGGCUGUCACAAAGGAUGCCUCCCUGGCCAGCAGUGCUGAUGGGGAGGCCCAACACGCCACAUAAUGUCAAUUUAAAUGGUGCGUUAGGCCUUGGAUACUUGCCCACCUGUGUGACGCGCAUCCUGUGUUAGCAAACUCUGCGUAGCCAACAGGAGAGGAUGAAGCAACCGAUGUGCUCCGUGGCCGUGUUCCAGGUCUCAGCUCAGCCAUCGCCACCACCUGAACCCAUCUGCAUUCCCAGGCAGGACCCAGCCCUCGUGGGCUCUAUUGUCACUCCAGGGCUUCUGUCACCUGCCCUCACAUUCAGCUCCAAGGCAAAGAAACCUCCAGUUCUUGCCAUAUGCUGUCUGUGCUGUGAGUCCUGCAGUGCUUCUCUGCUCUGAUGGUACCAAUGGUAAUGAUGGUACAAUGGAGCAGAGCUGUGCCACUGCUGUGCAGUCCUGCGAGAACCUCUGAAGUUGCAAGUGGAGCUGCAAACCCCUGAGAAAUACUCUUGGGGAACAGCAGCUUCUGCGGAGAACAGAGUGUGUUAGGAGCUGCACUGCUUGGAAAUGCAAGUGAGUCCUGUGCAGUUAGCACCACUUAGCGUUUUUAAUGUCCUUAAUUCCUCCUACCCAGGUUUGACCAAUAGUUAGCGCUCCAGAAAAUCUGCUCAGUGACAGUUCAGGGAAUUGCUCUAUCAGUACCUAGACUCGGAGGACUGAUGGAGAGGCCCCCUGGGCCAUCACUAAUAAAUAGUGGCUCUUCAGUGC